AAGAUGGCACUGAAUUGUGACCUUAAGGUCUUGGUUACCAGUUGACUUUAUUUAUAUAACGUAGGCCAAACACUAACGUUAGUCGGAUAUUGAGAGAAUAUUUUGUUAAUUUAGCAGUGAAUUUACAGUUUGAUGUGUAUUUGUAGGAGAUAUGGAUAACUCUGUAAUUGCAAAAAGUGGAUGGCUGUUGAGACAAACAACUAUUCUUAAAAAAUGGAAGUGGAGUUGGGUUGAGCUGUAUCGUGAUGGGCAGCUAAAGUACUAUGAAAAUGAGCAUAGUCCUAAUGCUGAGGAUAUUAUUCUCAUGACUACUGAUUGUUUAGCUAUAAAAACAGGCUCACAGGUUGAAGGUGUACAACCACCUGAAGGACGAGGUAUUCAAUAUCUAUUUUCUGUUGUGGCAUCCUCUGGAAAGACAUGGAUUUUCUGUGGUGAAUCACUUGAUGAUAUGAGGGCCUGGCAGCUAGCUUUGGAACAAGCACGGUUGUUUGGUAUUCAACCAAGAACUUGUGGACAGCCACCUCCUUAUUUACCGUACUCCCCUGGUUACCUUCCUGCAUACACUGGAGACAGUUCUCUGACUUAUGUUCAACCAUACCCUUACCCUCAGACACCAUAUUAUCCUUACCUUUCUGCAUAUGGAUCACCACAAGUCCAGAACCCACUUGUGUAUCAGCCUCAGCGUUAUUAUCGCCCUGAUGGGACAGAUAUGGCUAUGGGUAUGUUAGCUGGUACAGCUCUUGGCACUAUGAUGUGGGGACCUGUUUUAUGGUGGUAAAGCUUCUUUCAGCUGAACUUCUGUUCCUGUUCAUGGGUUUUACACAGAAGCACUGAGGUAUCUUAUCCUCUUGACUAAAGUUCUCAGCAGUUGUACAGAAUAUAUAUCUAUAGGCACCUGCCUCAAGAGAAACUGGAUUUCUUAAUUUUAUCUUUUGUAUAAAAAUGGUCAAAGCUCACUGUGUUCUGAGUUGUUUUUUGUUGUUUUUUUUUGUUUAGAAGGAGGUUAAACUGAAGCAUAUUUGCUGUAACCUUUUAGUCAGUCUCGUACAGUAUAUUCUUAAAUUAUGUGUCUAGCUUUCUUAGGUGGGAUAUAGUAUAUUUCAGUAUAAAGUGAAAUAUAAAUUACUGUAAAGAAUAAACAAAAUGACUAUAAAUGCCUUUUUAAAAACUAAAAAAAUGUUUUGUACAUGACGUAGUAAAUGAUCAACUUUAUUUAGAAGGUCUUACUGAUUAUUUCUUUAAAUUUUAUUUGUAAAGUACUUAAGUAACUUUGUGUACAUUUAUUAGCAAUUCUUUGAGACUGUUACAUUUUACUCCAAAGUAUCCUUUACAUGAAUAAAAUGUAAAAGAAGUGUAAUGAAAGAGCUUGAAAGAAGUAUAGUACUUGUCCUUUAUAUUAGUAUGUGAUAAUAACUAGUACUGUUAUUUAAUCUAAAAUUAUGUAACUAGUUUUGUUUCAAAACAUUAUCUCAGUUUAAGAAAUAAAAUGAUAUUUUUAACUAGCGUAGGCUUCCCAGUGAAACCUAUAAAAACCUUUACAAGUUUAUAAAUUCAAAGAUAAAAAUUUUAUUUGUAACUAACAGUACUUUAAAAUAGAAAUAUGUGGAAAUAUAACAAUUUUUCAGAAUUUGUGAUGUUUGGGGGGAAUAAUUCAGACUUGCUUGGUAAAAUCUGACAUCUAACGUAAAGUAAUGUAUUUCUUUAUAACAAUUUUACAGAUGGUUGUAUAAAUUCAUUUAUUAUUAGUCAAACAUAAAUGAUUUAUGUAUAUUUAAUUAUAUAUUUUGCCUUGCAAAACUAAAGUUUUACUCUAUAUUUUAAGAGAAAAGAACCUUUAUCUUUGUAAUGGCCCACUGAGAGGCCUGCUAGUUAUAUAAUAAUUUUUUUAAAAAGAACUGUAUUCUGGGUUGGAUUGGAAAAUCCUAGGUUUCAGUUUUAUUUGAAUAGUUGUAUCUCAUUGUUUGAAAAUUUUAUUAAUUUGCUAAAAUUGACUGAAUUGUCAUAAUAAUUUCAGCAUUGCUAUAAGUUUAUAAAUGUUUGUGUGUGUGUGUGUGUAGAUAUAUAUCGUAAUUUUUUUAUUUGGUAAAGAAGAGUUGUUCUAAUUCAACAAGUAAAAUAAAAACUGAGUUUAAUGGGUGGACAGACUGAGUGACAUUAGUAUUGUCAAUGUAUACUGGGAAGUAAUGAUUGGAACAUCCAAAUGUUUGAAUCUAAUUUGAACGAAAGUACAACAGUUGUUGUUUAAAAAUUGUUAAUUGGCAAGUACUGAGAGAAAGCCAGAAUUAUUUUAUUAUUUAAAAUAAGUUACAGGUGAAAUGUAAAGACGUGAAAUACUUAUGUAGAUGUAAUUAAGAAAAUGAUUAAGCAAACUCAGGUGUACUUUUAUGAUACAGGGUAGGUAGAGCCUAGGUGAUAGUCAUGUAUUUAUACCAGAUAAUACUUAAUAUAUUACACCAUGACCAUAUCUUGUUUAUCCAGCCAGUAUUUCAUAAAAGUCACACUUACUCUUUUAAGUGUGCAAUUAAUAAUUGUUAAACUGUUUUAUUUCCAGUAUGUAAAUACCUUAGAAAGUAAAAGAUGGGGUUAUUGUCUUGGUUAGUUUACUGAAAUUCUGUUUAGUAUAACAUUAUUGUCUAACAUUUAAAUAUUUUACCAGAAAUAUUAUUAAGUGAGCUGAGCAGGUAACAAUUUCUUCCUCUGGUUUACUGUAAUAUAAUUGUUUAAACAGUUAAAAGAUAUUUUACUAGAAAUAGUAUCAAGUGAGCUGAUCGAGUAACAACUUCAUCCGGUUUACUGUAGUAUUAUUAUUUAAACAAUUAAAAUAUAUAUUACUAAAAAUAGUAUGAAGUGAGCUGAGUAAGUAACAACUUCAUUUGGUUUACUGUAAUAUUAUUAUUUAAAAAAUUCAAAGAUAUAUUACUAAAAACAGUAUGAAGUGAGCUGAGCAGGUAACAAUUUCAUUUCAAUAUUAGUAUGGAACCUUGAUGUUUUGUAUUACAAAGAAAACUCAUGAAAAAAACAAAAACUAAGUGAUAUACUCAAUCAGUGACUUGUUUCAAUAUAAACUGAAAAAAUAUCAGUUUACAGAUCCAAAGCAAAAUAACUAUAUUGGCUUUCAAACAGUUGCAUCUUACAUAAAGUUCUAAAAAAAAAUAUCCCAAGGUGUGUAACAUUUUUGGUAAACUUUGGUAGCCAAUACAUUAUUUUGCACAAGUAAUACUUUGUAAAUCUAUUCAAAACUCAGAGACACUGCUUUAGUAGGAGUUGGUUUAGUAUGGAUAAUUUAUGUCAGUGUUGCUUGUGGGUUUCUCUUUACCUUAUUUACAAUGCCAGGUAGUUGUGGACUUGUUAGGAAAAUUUUAUAUAUAAAUAUAUUAGUAUUUGUGGCAUUGUCUUCUACUCUCUUGUAAGUUGUUACACAUUUCUUAGUCUUGAAUAAUAAUUUUGUGUACAAAAUUGACAUCUUCAAUUUAAAGUCUAAGAAAUACAUCAGUGUAUUACAUUUUACAGUUAUUGCUAAAAGUUUAUCUUGAAGAUCUAAAACUGGGUAAAUUAUCAGUAUUGAUAAUGGUUUUGGAUAAAAUAAAUACCGUUAUUCUAUUUGGGUUAGUUAAUAUCAGACUAAAUUACAGGUAUUCUAAAUCUGUGAAGCUCUAUGUAUUUGAAAAUAUUGCAGGUAUUCUGUAGUUUUAACAAACAAUUGAUCUGAAUUUAGGAUUAUUCAUUUUGGUCUGAAAUAAAGGUUGCAAAAACUAACACCUUUGUUACUAGACAUUGAGCAUAGCCUCUCUAAUUUAUAGAAUUCUCAUGAUAUGAGCUGAAACUUAGCUGUGUCUGAUUUUUUUUUUAUUUCACUCUAACAAUACUUGUAUUAUAAAUGUUAUCAUUGUAUAACUGGAACAGGAUUGAUAUUUUUUUAACUCUGGAAAUGUAUAGCUAUAGAAAGAGCAAACACAAACUUUGUAAUACAAAAGCAGUUGUUGCUUCUUUUGUGUUGUAUUGGUCAUGUAAUUUGCUUAUUACUUUAAACAAAUAUUUAUCUGGAAAAGUAAAUAUUUUCAAAGUUAAUAUUUACAAUAUAGAUGUCUUUCACGAACUCUACAAUAUAAUUGUAAAGAACUUUUCUGUAAUUGUUUUAUGGGAUGUACAUUUUUUUAGUUGUUUAAUUAACCAAAAAUGUUACUCUAACUUAAAUGUCUCUGAACUUGUAAUCAAACUUUCAAGACAUUCUCUGAAUGUGUUACAGGUUGUGGUGAAGAAAAGCAUUCAUACUUGGAAGAGAUUUACAUCCAAAACUACACUACAUUAAAUGCAGAUAAAUUUACAAAUCAAAUGUUCCUAAGGUAUUUUACAUGCUUCAAACAAGUGUGUAUUCCUUAUGUCUAAGUUGUCCAAUAGUCCUGAAUAUUUUAAAUUAGUUACACUGUUUAAGUAUUGGAAAGUAUGAUCAAAACAACUGCUUGUUUUUACAACUAACAUAAAUCACUAAUAUCUGCUUAUGAAAACAAUCCUUACAUGUGUAAAUUUAACUGGUGUAAUGAUAUUAUACAAAUUUAAAUAUUCUGUUAAUAAAAUUGGAUAUAUUCACAGUGAAGACACAAUGUCAAAUAGUCUAGGAUACAGGGGUAAUUAGAAAAAGAAAAAAUGUUGCAAUUACUUUAAAUCAGUCAGUUUAUGAUCUUCCAAAGUAAUACAAGUUGUACAGUAUUCUAAUGGAAAGAUCUUGAAUGUUAUCUCAAAUGUAGUAUGGUUGUUCUUUUGGCCUUUUUUAAACAUUAUUUUACUUGCUAGAAUAAAUAAAAGGAAAAAAAAUGUUGAAAGUGUUUCAAGACAUUUUAUUUACUUUUGCCAAGCAUGGAAGUAGUAUGCAAAUCUUUUCAUACUAUCCACUUUAAGUAAACAUUUUAAUUAGUAUUUGUGUAUCUGUAUCAGGUUAAGUUUUUAUACCUUGCAUGUAAUACUGUUUGACAAAUAUAUUUUUAUGGCUGGAAAAUGUAGUUUUUAUCUUGGUUAUAAAAAUUAUUAAUCCCUUUAAUGAUAUAUCCACUGUUUCAGAAAUGAAUGCUUAUGAGAAAGUAUUGUCCAGUUGUCACCACUGUAGAAAACUUUAUAUUUCAGGUACUGAGUAAUACAUAGUAACUAGAAGUCUAGCUUGUCUAGUGUAUGAAUGUGGCCAGUUGUAGUAUGUCGAGUUAGCCGUACAAGGGUAAUAUUUAUUUUCAACCCAAAAAUGUUUAUUUAUUUAUUUAUUUAAGAUUAAAAAAAUUAAACAUUUGUUAGAUAUCAGAAUGGUAGGAUUAUGUUUGUCUGUAUUAAGAGUUUGUGUACUCUAUCUCCUACAAAAUAAAUUUCACUACAGUUCUCUAAA